UCCGGUCUAUUUAUGAGCCGAAUAGAAAAAAAUGAAAUUACAUUCUCUAAAAGGUUAAGUAAUUACAUAUGUUAGUCAAAUUUCAAAUGAUCAGUGCUUGUGCGGGCAAAGGCUCUGAUAAAACUGCUCUGAACAUUAAUAAAGCUAGAUUGAUUUUUUUGUGAGGAGUAUAACUCUGCAACACAGGGACAGUUUAGGUUAUUUAAUCAAUGAAUGUGGUGUGAACAGAUGACAGGGCUGGUGAACUUCACUCAUCAGUUCCAAAGGAUGAGACAUUGCAGACAUCACAUAAACUAACACAUAUAAAGUAUAAGUGACUUACCAAACUGUCGAGUUGUAGUUACAAAAACAAUCUCCUACGAUGUCACAAGUGACACAAAAUAAACCACAAAAUCUAAAUAUGUUAUUGUGAGAAAAAUAAGUUUUCUGGGAAAUUGGACUUUUUCUGAGCUUUGGAAAAGUUUUACAAAGAUUAACACUCCAUAACUUAAAAAUAUACAAUGUAAAGAGUAAUAAAGGACUAUGUGUAUAGAUGGGGAUGUGCUGUUAACAGCUUUACGAGCAACUCUUUUACAAUUGUCAUCUAUGGGAGAAAAUUUUUUUUUUGAGACGCAGGGGAUUUUUGCUGCAGUACCACGAGUGGCCACUGGACAAAAUCUGCUUCAGGGUCGAUAGAGUCAUGAUGGUUGGAAGUAGUUGGGAGAAGGCAUUCGCAAUGGUUUAUGGGAUGAUUAGUUCGUCACUGUUAAAAAUAAUUAUAUACACAACAAUGCUGCGUUCCAGUAUAACUCGGAAAUCAGAACGGCCUCCGAGUCGGAAAGUGGAAAGUCGGAAUUCCGACUCGGGAGGUCGGAAAAAAAAUCACCGACUUCCGGGGUCCGAAUUCCGAGGAACGCUGCACUUUUUCUUUUUCCCUUUUUUUGUUGUUGCUCCGAAAACAAUGUUUUGUGUUAACGAUUAAUCUCGUUUAUUGGCUCUUUUCCAGGCUUAAAAAAACCAACACACUCUUUAUAGACGGAUUUUUUUUAUGAAACGCCAGAACCGGCGGGGCCGUUGAGAAAGCGGAAAUACGUCACACAGUUGUCAGGCGGCUCCAAAUUUGAAAAGGUGUCAGGUCAGUGUCGGUGGAGCGACAUGUAACAAACAGACGGACCGACACGGGGUCGUGAAGCAGCUGAGGCGGAGGAGACCACACAAACAACACGGUGUGUGCACCGCUCCUGUUUCAUCCACAAGUCACUCUACCUCUUUGCUCGUUGUGUUUGGGGGGCAAAGCUUGCACACAGGACCGGGGGACAAGAUGCAGUACACCCCUGAAUCAGGUGUUUACCCCGAGCACUGCAAAGGCCAGCGCUGUUACGACUGCUGUGACAGUGGGUACUCGGGUCUCUUCCACAGUCCACAGAGCGUCAGCGUGGGGGACUUCUGCGGCUCUUUGUCGCCCGUGGAAUUCACCGAAACGCCCAAAGAGAACAUCAGGCUUCCCGUCACACCUAAAGAGCGGAUCAGAGAGUCCAGGGGAGCACAGCAGCCGUCCGCACUUAGCUGGUGCGAGACUCCCAAAGUACAUAAAAGAGAUGCUUCGUUGCGACACAGACUUCAGAUGUGCAAACCCAACACGGACGUCAAAGGUGUCAGAUCGCCGUGCACCAGAAGGACGGAGUCGUCCGGCGGCGCCGGGUCUGCACACUGGCUCAGUGCAUCGUUUGACUCUCUGGACACGCUGACCGGGGCUCUGGCAUCGAGCACUUUGAACCUGGAGCAGGACCUGCCGCUGUCCGGUGGGAAACGUCGCCUGCUCUUCUCACAGAUCAGGACCUCCACGCGCGAAGAUGGCAAACUCCACUCCGGCCUGCCUGCCGAGUUUGCGACGAGAGUUUCACUCUCGGCUGCAGAUUUCAGUCAGAGCUUUUCUGCCUCUGAUCAUGUUAAUAUUGAGACUCCUUGCUGUAGAAAAUCCCUGCCUGCCUCAUCCAAGGAAAACUCUCCAAUCCGUGUUGCGGCGAGCGACCUGAACGACGUCUUUUGCACACCAUCCUCCUCACAUACCCCCAAAUACAUUAGGUCUGUGUCUGAAGACAGUGGUUUCAGUUCCCUGACUCUGGAUAAAUCCCAGGACUCGUCCGUGGACCACGAUGGCUCGUUCCAGGAGCUGCUGCUCUCUGCCUCCAGAAAAAACUGUGAAAAUCUCCCAAAUGUCGCGGAGGCAAAGCGGCGCUCCCGUCUGCAGCGUCAGCACCGGCUCUCCACGCUUAAAGAAGGGGGCUCUCAGUCUGAGGAAGACCUCACAGACAGACAGCACGGACAUCGCCAUCCGUGCCGCAGCCAUUCUAAAGAUGUUUUUGCCGACGACGCCACCCCUCGCAGGGCUCUUGCUCUUAAAUGUGGUAAUGGCUUGACCUCUGAUGCCACCCCACUUAGAGCCUCGGUGGUCAUGCCAGAAAACUUGACGCCGUUAUGCACAACCCCUGCUAACCCUGACGAGACCCCAGUCAAUCUCUCCCUCACUCCGGCUCUGCAGCUGGUUCAUGCCAUGUGCCAGCAAAAAGCCCAGAUGUUCGCCGGCCAAAGUCCGAGCCUGAAGGAGCAGCUGAAGUCCACGGCGUCGCUGGCCGAGACCCCGGGCACGUUCAGGACCGCCAUGCCGCUGGCGGGACUGAUCGGCAGGAAGAUGGGCCUGGGGAAGAUGGACGUUCUUACAGAACUGAAGAAGAGGAACCUCAGGCACAUCCUGGCCGUCAUACUCGGCCACCUGACCCCUGAGAGCCUCUACAGGUGUGGUCAGGUGUGCAAAAGCUGGAAGGAAAUGAUCCUGCAGGACAAGCGAGCUGUCUUUAGGAGGAGGAGCCACCUGAGUGAAAUUCGUGCUUCUCUUGAGCUCGGUGCUCCGGUCCACGUCCCCGACGCAGAGACCAGACUGACGCUGCUGAAGAGGUCGGCCCUAAAGACGGUUCAGGCCCGGUCCAGGACCUCCAGCUUCUGCACGCCGCAGUCAGGAAGUAGCACUUUGAUCCACCCCGAGCACAGCUUCGUACUUUCAAGCGGCGGCAGCAGCAGCAAACGGGAUAAAUUUCUAGAAGUCGCCAAAACCCUCUUCAACGACGAGUGCCUGAAGCCCUGUCCUCGGUGUGAGCACCCUGCGAGAUGUCACUCGGUGAAAGGCGAAGGUGUGUGCAGCCGCGCCGAUUGUGGCUUCCAGUUCUGCACCUCCUGCCUGUGCACUUUCCACGGCUCCAGGGAGUGCUGCAGCCGCUCCGCCGGCCGGCGCAAGAGUGACAUACUUCUUCCCGGAAGUGCUCAGAGCCGGCGAAACGUAAGGAGACUAUGAGAACGAGGUGAACUAGCUUUCCUUCCUGCGAAGUCCAAAAGUCCAUUGGACAUUUUUUCCAUGACUGAUGGAUGAAAACGAGGUUUGGCAGCAAGGAAAGCGAUUGGUUGGUAGAUGGGAACAAGUUCUGCACUCAUGAUUUUGUCUUUGUGCCUGUCUAUGUACUGUAUGGCUCCUUUUUUCAACUCGACUCUUUUUCUUCUGUGUUUUUAAUCAUGAAUUCGAAGGAAGGCAGCACAAUGCCUGAAUUCUGCUGUUGAUGUCAUUCUCGAUACACUGCGUUUAAAGUGUAGAGAAUGUUUUUUUUAAACUUCCUCUAAACAUUUUCAGCUUUUACCAAUGUCUUUUUCAAAUACGUUUUAAAAUAAAUUUUGUGACUAUUUUAUUUUUUACA